CUCUGAGAAGUUUCUUUUCGAUGGCCACAACAAGUUUGUCUUCCCUCUCCAAGAAGUUAAUCAAGUCCUCUGUUCUUCUCAUAAUCUUCAGCUGUUUGUUGCGGCAAUCCGAGGCGGCCAACAUUCUUGUGCCUGGUCUGGACCUGAGGGACAGCAAGACUUUGGUCUCAACCAAUGAAUUGUUUGAGCUAGGAUUCUUCAGGACUGGUGGGUCUUCCUCAAGCAACUACUACUUGGGCAUUUGGAUCAAGGAUGAUCCUUACAAGAAGCCGGUCUGGGUCGCGAAUCGAGAAUAUCCGCUUCUUGAUUCUUCUCAUGUUCUCUCCAUCAGGUACGAUGGGAACUUGGUGAUUUCUGAUCAAAGGCAGUUUCAGUAUUUAGUCAAUGCUCUGAUGUUAUCUACUAGUAAUAGCACAAGCGCCAUAUUGCUUGAUUCUGGCAACUUUGUUCUGACGGAAGGCAAUAGCACGGUUUGGGAAAGCUUUUACUAUCCAACAGACACAUUCCUACCCGGCAUGAAACUUGGGUUUUUCGAUAUAGGCACUGAUAAGGCGAGAAACCCCUACCUAGUUUCUUGGCAGAGCCCAUCUGUUCCCUCCACCGGUUCAUUUGUUCUCACUCUGCCCGGAAAUAAUAAGACCCAAUUCGGAGUGUGGCACGGUGACGAGGUUUUUCGACAGAUCGGUUACUAUGAUGGUCGGAGAUUCAGAUUCCUAUUCAACAGCUCGCUCGAUGACUACAAUUUCACUUAUAUGUCUAGCAUUACUGAGAUUUACAUAAGUUUUGCUACUGAGGGAAAUGACAGUUUUUCCUGGUUGGUUAUAUCCCCUUCAGGCGAAAUUCAGGCUUUCUCAAAGAUUGGGAAGGAAAUUUCAGUAGUGUAUAGUCCGGUAUGUGCAAAUACUUCAUCUAACAAUGCUGCUGACUGUUAUAUCGAGAAGCCGCCCUUGUGUGCAGAUGGUAAUAACUUUUCGAGGACAGAAGGGUUGAUGCCAAAUCCUAAUGUUUUGAAUGAAUCCGAUGGUCUGGGCAUAAGUGACUGCGAAAUAAUGUGUCGGAGUAAUUGCUCCUGCACUGCUUUCGCUUCGUAUCGUGAUGACGGCACCGGAUGUCAGUUUUACCACGGAGAUAUAGAGUUUACUAUGGGUGAAAACGGCCAAGGAAACAGAACCAUGUUUGUUCGUGGGAAUUUCACUGAAACAGCUUCUCUGCUUCCAAGGAAUUCUGGUCAUCGGAGAAAGAGGCUGCUCUGGCUGAUACUAACCAUUUCCCUACUUGUAUUCAUCAUUUCAGCUUUAGUUGCUAUCUCAAGAUGGAAAAUAAAAAAUAUUGGUUCUUUUCUUUUUCCGACUCAUUUCUCACUGAAUAGCUUAAUUCUUGAAGCAGCAUGGAAUGGGAAAGGGAAAAAAACGAAAAGGAGCCUGGAGUUGUUCCUGAUGCAACUGGAGUCUGAUGUCUCAUUGGACAAUCGAGACAGCCACACUAUUAAACUAAAAUCUGGCAGAAAGAGAGAUCAUGAGCUUCCGAUUCUCGACUUUUCUUGUGUGUCAGUGGCCACAAAAAACUUUUCCCCAGCAAAUGAACUGGGCGAGGGUGGUUUCGGGCCCGUUUACAAGGGUACGUUGUUGGGGCAUGAAAUUGCUGUCAAGCGACUUUCUAGGAAGUCUGGACAAGGACCAGAGGAGUUCAAGAAUGAGGUUCAGUUAGUUUCGAAGCUCCAGCACAGGAACCUUGUCAGGUUGCUGGGUUGUUGCAUCGAGAGAGAAGAGAAAAUCUUGAUCUACGAGUACAUGGCUAACAAAAGCUUGGAUUCCUUUCUUUUUGAUCCUCACAAGAAGCUGCUUCUAGAAUGGAAGAGACGCGUGUUUAUCAUCCAAGGAAUAGCACAAGGACUUCUUUAUCUGCACCAGUAUUCUAGAUUAAGGAUCAUCCAUCGCGAUCUGAAGACCAGCAACAUUUUGUUGGAUAAAGACAUGAACCCUAAAAUAGCUGACUUUGGGAUGGCGAGAAUUUUCGGAGAAAAUCAGGUGCGGGCGAAGACAGCUAGGGUCGUCGGGACAUAUGGUUAUAUGUCUCCAGAGUAUGCCGUGCACGGCCUUUUCUCUACAAAGUCGGAUGUAUUCAGCUUCGGAGUGAUUAUGCUAGAGAUCAUUAGCGGAAGAAAGAACACAACCUUCACUCAUUCGGAUCGCUCUCUAAACCUGCUAGGAUAUGCUUGGGAAUUGUGGAAAUCUGGACAAGGGGGUGAGUUAAUGGACCUUGUAUCAGCUGAACCGCCUUUCUUGAGAGAAUUUUCUCUGUGCCUACACAUUGCGCUGUUGUGCGUACAAGAGCGGCCGGAAGAUAGGCCAGACAUGUCGGAUGUUGUUUCAAUGCUGAGUAACGGGAGUCCCAAUCUGCCUUCACCGAAACAAGCGGCAUUUUCUUCACAAGUAGGGUAUCGUGGUUCACAAGAGCACCAAGAUUGCUUGUCGAGCGAGGUAACCUAUUCCACGGUGGAAGCAAGGUAGCAAGUCAAAUUCGAAGACAUUAUCCUUGUACAGAAAACUGUGUAUACAGCACCAUCAUUCAGCUAGUUGUUGCAAUAUUUUGUUCUGUUCUGAUCUUAGUCGGUGUGGUUAA